CAACUGGAAGAUGCCGAGUCACAACUGAACUCUCUCACUCGUAUCAAGCAACAGCUUCAUGCUCAGGCUGAAGAAGCUCGGAAGCAAAUCGAACAGGAAACGAGGGAAAAGCAGGGACUACAGUUGCAGUUAUCCAAUUAUCAAUUGGAAUGUGAGCAACUACGGGAGAAUCUGGAAGAGGAGCAGGACACUAAGACAGAGCUGCAGCGCCUGAUCAGCAAAGCAAAUGCUGAAGCUCAGCAGUGGCGUGCACGAUACGAGGGUGAGGGUAUGAGUAGAGCUGAAGAAUUGGAAGAAGCAAGACGGAAGCUGGCCAACAAAGUUCAAGAGGUUCAAGAACAACUGGAAAGUGCUAAUCAAAAAAUCGGCUCAUUGGAAAAGACCAGACAGAGGCUCGCAAAUGCGAUAGCGAGCUCACUGGAGAAGAAACAGAAAGGCUUCGAUAAAGUUAUCGAUGAGUGGCGGCGAAAGUGUGAAGCACUUGUUCAAGAGGUUGAAUCCAGUCAACGUGACACACGCGCAGCAGCGACAGAAGCGAUGCGACUCCGCAACCAGCUUGAAGAAGCCUCUGAGCAGGCUAUUCGACGUGAGAACAAGUCACUUGCACAGGAACUAAAAGACAUUACCGAUCAGCUUGGUGAAGGUGGCAAGAGUGUACACGACCUACAGAAGGCUAGAAGACGUCUGGAGCUUGAGAAAGAAGAACUGCGGCAAGCUCUUGAUGAAUCUGAAGCCGCACUGGAAGCAGAGGAAUCUAAGUUCCUUCGGGCGCAAGUGGAGGUGUCGCAGAUCCGAUCUGAAAUAGAAAAACGUCUUCAAGAGAAAGAGGAAGAAUUCGAGAAUACACGAAAAAAUCAUCAUCGAGCACUGAAAGCAUACAAGCCUCGCUGGAAAGCGAAUCACGUGGUCGCGCUGAUUUGUUGA